UGCAAGUCAAAAAUGGAGGACUCGAUGUUCCGCUAAGUCGCACAUUCCAACUGCUGCAGCUGGGAAAAGCUUCCAAAAUGCGCCUGAUUGCACGACGCUUGGCCCUGGCAUUGGCUACGGCUCUCGUCAGACAUCGGUAUCACCCAAAAAGAGGUCGACGUGAUGAUCACCUUUGAAAUUUUCAGACUUAGACACAACAAGAUUCACACGUAAACUAGAGCUAAAGCAGGUGAUUUCAACCAUCCAACCCAAGGAUAAGCGUAUAUUUAGGUUUUGCAGUCCCAAUUUACACGCUCCGGCAGCCACUCAAAAACAGAGCAGCCAUCGCUUAUAUUAGAUGGAGGAUGCCUGAUGGAUCGUAUUGUGAUUGCCCUCCCUUCCUCCAUUAUCCUCCCAAUGGAUCUCUCAUUCAUCCAUUCCAUUCUCAGGGCGCUUUGGCUAAUGCAUGCCGUCCUUCUUCUACCAAGCUAUGCCACCUCACCUGCCUCCCGUUCUUCAACUUCCACCACCACCAUCUUAGAAGGGAACAGGAGUGCUGCCGAUCGUCUUGCCCUGCUCUCCUUCAAGUCCAUGAUCUCAAAUGAUCCAUCCCAAGCCUUGGCCUCAUGGAAUGACUCCGUUCCUAUCUGCCAUUGGCAAGGGGUGGCAUGCGGCCGUCGCCACCCCGAAAGGGUCGCUGCCUUGAGACUCGAGGCCCUGAACCUACUGGGCUCCAUAUCACCCUCCUUAGCCAACCUCACCUUCCUCCAGAGGCUCCAUCUCCCCAACAACCUCCUCCAUGGCCGCAUCCCGCCGGAGCUUGGCAAUCUACCCCGUCUACGUUAUCUCAAUUUCAGCGGAAACUCCCUCGAAGGCGGAAUUCCGCCCGCUCUUUCUCGCUGUCCUCGUCUCCAAGAACUCAUUCUUGGGAACAACAUGCUUCAAGGGGAGAUUCCGUCUGCUCUAAGCCAAUGUCGAGAACUCCAAAUCCUGAGCCUACGCCGCAACUUUCUCACGGGGAGCAUCCCUGAUGAGCUUGCCUCCCUCUCGAAGCUCACCUACCUCGACCUCCGCGGCAACAACCUCACAGGCAGCAUCCCUCCUUCCUUGGAGAACCUCUCCUCUCUCAUCGACCUCGACGUCAACACCAACUCCCUUUCAGGCAUCAUCCCCUCCUCCUUGGGUCAGCUCUCAUCCCUCGUCUUUCUUCUUCUACAAUAUAACAACCUCGUGGGCACCAUCCCUUCUUCUCUUGGAAAACUCUCCUCUCUUCAGUACCUGGACCUAUCGCAUAACAAUCUAGAUGGAGACAUCUCACCUUCGCUAGGAAACCUCUCCUCUCUUCUCGAUCUGAACCUAUCGUAUAACAAUCUAACUGGAAGCAUCCCACCCUCGUUAGGGAACCUCUCCUCUCUCACCGAGAUGGACCUCAGCAUCAACACCCUCUCAGGAGAAAUCCCUCCUUCCCUUGGACUCCUGCCUUCAGUCAUCGCUCUCUAUCUCUCGGGAAACGCACUAUCUGGAGGCAUCCCACCUUCAUUCGGGUCCUCCAGUUCUCUCACUCUCACAGCUAUCGGGCUAUCGCAUAACAAGUUGUCGGGCAGGAUUCCUUCCUCCUUCUACAACCUCUCGAGCCUCACCAUCCUUGGUGUCGCUGAUAACGAGCUCAUCGGCACUCUUCCACCUGACUUGGGCCGCUCUCUUCCUAAUCUCCAGUCACUCCUCAUGUACUUCAACCAAUUUCACGGGCCCAUCCCCGCGUCGCUCGCCAAUGCAUCAGGCCUCCAAGACAUCGAGCUCACAGGAAAUAACUUCACCGGAACGAUCCCCACGAGCCUGGGUGCCCUGCCGGAGCUAUACUGGCUGAGUCUGGACAGGAAUCAACUAGAAGCCGGAGAUACCCAUGGCUGGAGCUUCCUCACUUCCUUGACGAACUGCAGCAACCUACAGGUGCUGCAGCUUGACGACAACAGGCUCCGAGGCACGCUGCCCAGCUCCAUCGCAAACCUCUCCACCACCCUCCAAUGGCUGGUUCUGGGAGGGAACCAAAUAUCAGGCAGCCUUCCUUCCGAUAUCGGGAAAUUCUUCAACCUGACUCUCCUCGACCUGGGCCGGAGCCACCUCACCGGCAGUAUUCCUGACUCCGUUGGAGAACUCCGGAGCUUACAAAGACUUUACCUGUCUAAUAACAAGUUGUCAGGUCCGAUUCCCACCUCCAUCGGCAACCUGACUCAGCUGAGCGAACUUGAUUUAGUAGUCAAUUCUUUGACUGGUAGCAUCCCUGCGACCCUGGGUAACUGUCAAGCUUUGGUUUAUCUUGAUCUUUCGUACAAUAAGCUUACAGGCGGCAUACCCAAAGAGGUUGUCAGCCUCUCCUCGCUCUCCCAGUACCUCGGCUUGUCGCAUAAUUCGCUCGUCGGGGCCCUGCCUUCGGAAAUCGGUAGCUUGACAAAUCUCCGCGGGCUGCAGUUAUUUGAAAACAACUUAACUGGUGAGAUUCCUAGCAGCAUUGGAGAAUGCCAGGUCUUGGAGUUCCUAUACAUGAACGGCAACCACUUCCAAGGGAUCAUUCCCCAAUCGAUGAGCAAUUUGAAAGGGAUUCAAGAGUUGGAUCUUUCGAGCAACAACUUGUCAGGUGGUGUCCCACGGUUUCUAGAGGACUUCAGGUUUCUGCAGCACCUGAAUCUCUCCUUUAACAAUUUUGAAGGUGAGGUGCCAACUAAAGGAGUUUUUCGAAAUCUGAGUGCCUUCUCGGUUGUUGGUAAUGACGAUCUCUGUGGUGGCGACCCAAAAUUGGGGCUGAAAAAAUGUUCCCCACGAACCAAUAAGAGAAGAAAUCGAUCGGCGCCGAUCAAAGCGAUCAUUCCAGUUGCUGCUGCACUGCUGUUUCUACUCCUGAUAAUAUGCUUGCUAAUCAUUCGUUAUAGGUUAUAUAAAUCAAGAAAGCAGGUGCCAUCAGCAGCCUUGGUAGAAGAACAGCUUAUCAGGGUCUCUUACUCUGACCUUCUUAAAGCAACAGAUGGGUUCUCAUCGGCAAAUUUGAUUGGUGCUGGAGGUUAUGGUUCAGUGUAUAAAGGAAUUAUGGAACUUGCCGAAGAGAGAAUUGUAGCUGUGAAGGUACUCAACCUUCUGCAGAGAGGGGCUUCCAGGAGUUUUAUGGCUGAAUGUAAUGCUUUGAGAAGUAUCCGACAUCGGAAUCUCGUCAAGGUAAUAACAUCCUGUUCCAGUGUGGAUUAUAAAGGGGAUGAUUUCAAAGCUCUAGUUUUUGAGUUCAUGCCUAAUGGGAGUCUGGAGAACUGGUUGCACCCACAAGCAAGUGAUCAAAGUCGAGAGACAAAUCUAAGUCUCAUCCAGAGGCUGAACAUAGCCGUAGACGUUGCCUCUGCAUUGGAUUAUCUUCAUCACCAUGGCCCAGCCCCAAUCGUUCACUGUGAUCUCAAGCCAAGCAAUGUUCUUCUCGAUGAAGAUAUGACUGCUCAUGUAGGCGACUUUGGGCUGGCAAGGUUUCUUACUAAAACGGUUAGCAAGGCAUCUCAGAAUCCAUCCUCAUCAAUUGGAGUGAAGGGGACCAUUGGGUAUGUUGCUCCAGAAUAUGGGGUGGCCAACCAAGUAUCUACUGAAGGAGAUGUGUACAGCUAUGGAAUACUUCUGUUGGAGAUGUUUACAGGGAGGAGACCGACCGAAGAGACACUGAAGGAAGGCACAGGCCUUUGUAAGUCUGUUGAGAUGGCCUUUCCUGAAAGAGUCAUUGAUAUCAUAGAUCCAUGCCUACUCUCAGAAGAGAAAGAUGGAGGAGUAAGACGAAGAACACGAGAGUUCUUGGUUUCCAUGCUUAGGAUUGGCCUCUUAUGCUCGAAGGAAUCACCAAAGGAGCGAAUGCAGAUGGAAGACGUGAUCAAGGAAUUGCUUAAGGCCAGGGAUGCAUUAACAGGUGGAGAAAGGAGAAACAGAAACCGUCCUAAAGGAGAAGGUCCAUCAACCGUUGAUGACGAUGAGUGGGUGUGAGAAUAAAGAGCCAAUGUGUUUUCUUUGGGAUAUCAAAGAGAUCAUGCCUUGUUGUGACGUUGUCCAUCCUUUCAGUUGCCUGUGUAGACUUAUGGAGAGAUGGUGUAAUAAAACGAAACAGUUUUCUCUCUCUUUUUUUUUGGGUGAGGGGAAAAAGGAGGAGGUGAACUACUUCCCCCAGAUUUUAUUAUUAAUUGGAUUUGAUAUUUACGAGAAUGAGAUAGACAAGUAAGAUAGAAGAGGAAUUAGUUACCUUUUUUUUUUUUCGUGACAACGAAGAGAGGAUGCUAAGAAGUGCUUGAUUGCUCUCCUUUGCUUUCCCGCAACUUAGGUUUCCCCAUAGUUGGAAGGUAUUCAGGGUGUUGUUGAGGAUUGAAAGCCGCCAAGUUGUUUUCAGAGUGUUGAAAUUAAGCCUCGUGGGCGGAGUAUUUAGAGUCUUCAAAUU